AUGCGGGCGAUUAAUCCAAGAAACACACAGCACACAAAUCAAGUUCUCGAUGAUCAAUCGGGGCAGGACUGCAAUGCACCCAUUGCGAAUCAGGGGAGUAACCAUCGACUUCCCCACCACCAUUCUGGAGACCAACACUGUUUUUCUAAUUCUACCAAUACUGUGAGCAAUGGCAACAACUUGCCUCCAUUGCAUCACAUUCCUAUAUUACCUGUCUCUGCGGCUCUUUCUAAUGGAGAUGACCGAUUUUACUAUGGUGGAUUCAACUUCUAUGAUUAUCACGGCCCUCCUUCAUCAGCAAACCCUCCUCCACCAACCUUUGAUACAUCAACCACUGAGAAUAACCAUAACCAAUACGUCGAGCAUCAGAAUCAUGGCACCACAGAGCCUGUAUACUG